CUCUAAUUUUAAGACGGAUCUUUCUUUUUCAUACUAAUUUCCACAGUAAUCCACCCGUCCCUCUGACUCCCACCCAGAUGUCAUCUCUUGCUCUCCUUUGCACUGCCAUUCUUCUCUAGCUUCUCUCUAUAUGCUCUUACAAUCUUCUUUUCUUUAAAGAAAUACCAAUGCUGCAUGCUAGUUCUUAAUUUUGAAGCCUGAAGGUCUGCUCUUCUGUUUAGCUAAAUGGGUCUUUGUUAGUCUCUCAACUAAGGCCAACUAUGCUUGGAAUUUGAGAGUUUAGCUUCUCAUUUCAUUGUAUUGUGGCUUUUGAUGUUCGAAGGAAAUGGCUUUGAAUGUAAAAUUGGGUUUUUUGUGCCUUUUUCUCAAAUGGGUUUCUGAUAAUUCGUGGGAUGAGCCUAUUUGGAUUUUGAUACUCAAUUUCAAAGCUUCGAGUCAUUAUUUUUAUUCUCGUGGAUGAAUGGGUUUUUCCCAGCUAAGUGAACAUGAAUAGGUAACAUUAGAGAGAAAGAGUCAGUCUCUUAACGAUUCUUACCAUUUGAAAGGGUGGUUCGGAUUCCACUUUGGGGAGAGCUUCGGUGGUGAAAAUGAGGAGGACGAAGAAGAUAAACAAGGAUGAGAUUGCUGAGGAUUGGUGUUUCAUUUGCAAAGAUGGAGGUCUAUUGAUGGUUUGUGACUACAAGGAUUGCCUCAAAGCAUAUCAUCCCUGGUGUGUAGAAAAAGAUGAUUCAUUCUUGGAGAGUGAUGUUCCUUGGAUCUGCAAGUGGCAUUUUUGCUUCAUUUGCAAGAAAACCCCAAAAUUCCAUUGCUUUUGUUGUGCAAACGCUGUAUGUGGACGCUGCGUAGGUGUUGCUGAGUUUGCAGUCAUUACAAGAAAAAGAGGACUCUGCAAUCAUUGCUUAACACUCGCAGGGUUGGUUGAAGGAAUAAAGAAUCCAGACUUUGAUGAGGGGAAGAUAGACUUCAAUGAUCGAGGCACAUAUGAGUUCAUGUUCAAAGCUUAUUGGGAAAUGAUUAAAUCAAAAGAAGGUUUAACUUCCAAUCAUGUCCAUAAACUGUUGAAUAAGGGUACAGACACCGAAUACUUGGACAUAAAUGAUAUUUCUGAAGGUGAAGAAAGUAUUAGUGAAUUCGAGGGUGAAAAUGAACUUAUAUCUGAUGAUGAUGAUUUAAACAAAAGAAAAAAGCGUAAAGGAACACAAAAAAGGAAAAGCAAAAAACGGAAACAAUCUGUGAUUAAUAAGAAUGUUAAGUCAAAGAAAAGGGAGUUCAGUGGAUGGGGAUCAAAACUUCUCUUUGACUUCCUUGCCUCCAUUGGUAAAGACACAGAGCAAGAAUUAUCACAAUAUGAUGUUGCUGCUAUCAUUACAAGGUACUGCAAUGAACACAAGCUUUUUCAUCCAGAGAAAAAGAAGAAAGUUAUUUGUGAUGAAUGGUUGAAAUCUCUUCUAGGAAGGAAAUCAGUUAAUAAGAAUAGCAUACAUAACCUUCUGACACCCCAUUUUGCUGAGAAUUUUGAGCAAUCAGAGGAUGACUUUGGAUAUAGUUCAGAAGGCAAGGGUGGGAAUGUCUCAAUGGCCUGUAAAAGGCAGCGAAACUCAAGCCCCGAUAGAAAAUCUCAGAAUAAAGAAGCCAUUCCAGAUGUCCAAAGAAGCUGUUUUGCAUCUGUCAUUCCUGAAAAUAUAAACCUUAUAUACUUGAGGAGGAGUUUAGUGGAGGAGCUGUCAAAGCAACCUGAGACUUUUGAUGAUAGAGUACUGGGAAGUUUCGUGAGGAUUAAAUGCGAUCCGUAUGACUAUUCACAGAAAAAUUCUCAUCAGCUUCUCAAAGUGAAGGGCAUAAAAAGAAGUUCAAGAAGUGGCGAAGUGAAUACAGAUAUUCUCCUACAAGUUUUUAAUAUGCCAAAAGAUAUUCCCAUUUGCAAGUUAUCAGAUGAUAAUUUCUCUAAGGAAGAAUGUGAGGAUUUGCAACAAAGGGUGAGCGAGGGUCGGCUAGAGAGGCCCACUGUUGUGGAAUUCAAGGAAAAGGCCAAAAGUCUCCACGAUGUUAUAACAAAACAUUGGAUUCUGAAGGAGAUUACUCUAUUGCAAAACCUUAUUGAUCAUGCAAAUGAGAAGGGAUGGAGAAGAGAGCUUUCUGAGUACAUGGACAGACUGCUGCUACUUCGGACACCAACAGAACAGUCACGCUUGUUGCAUGACAUUCCAGAAAUAAUUGCCGAUGAAGCAGAGGUUGAAACUGCUGAAAAUGACUUGUCCUCGAAGGAUGAAAAGGGAAAUAAUACCUCACCAGAAUCAGCUUGUGGAGGAAUGUCAAAGCCUUGCAGAAAAAGUUCAAGUGGCAAUAGGAUUCCAUCCUACCUAAACGACGGAGCAAAUUUUGCAGAACAAAAGCAGCAGUCUGAAGAACCUAAAUCUGAGGAAAUGGUGAAACAGCAUCACACUAAUCAUGCACGUGGAGGUGAUGAUUUUCAUCAAACAGAGAGUUGUGAAUCUCCUCUAGAAGUGAAGCAGAACUGUUCCAAGGCAUCUCAUCCUGAACUUAUAUCAGGACAAUUGCUUGCGUCUAUUCCACAAGGUCAACCCAUUGCCUCUGGUUCAGGACAGAAGCAGCAAUCUGAAGAACCUGAAUCUGAGGAAAUGGCGAGACAGCAUCAUACUAGUCAUGCAAGUGGAGGUGAGGGUAUUCAUCAAACAGAGAGUUGUGAAUCUGCUCUAGAAGUGAAGCAGAACCAUUCCAAGGCAUCUCAUUCUAAACUUAUAUCAGGACAAUUGCUGGCGUCUAUUCCACAAGGUCAACCCAUUGCCUCUGGUUCAGGACAGAAGCAGCAAUCUGAAGAACCUGAAUCUAAGGAAAUGGCGAGACAGCAUCAUACUAGUCAUGCAAGAGGAGGUGAUGGUAUUCAUCAAACAGAGAAUUGUGAAUCUGCUCUAGAAGUGAAGCAGAGCCAUUCCAAGGCAUCUCAUCCUGAACUUGUAUCAGGACAAUUGCUUGCGUCUAUUCCACAAGGUCAACCCAUUGCCUCUGGUUCAGGACUGAAGCAGCAAUCUGAAGAACCUGAAUCUGAGCAAAUGGUGAAACAGCAUCAUACUAGUCAUGCAAGUGGAGGUGAUGAUAUUCAUCAAACAGAGAAUAGUGAAUCUGCUCUAGAAGUGAAGCAGAACCAUUCCAAGGGAUCUCAUCCUGAACUUAUAUCAGGACAAUUGCUUGCUUCCAUUCCACAAGGUCAACCCAUUGCCUCUGGUUCAGGACUGAAGCAGCAAUCUGAAGAACCUGAAUCUGAGGAAAUGGUGAAACAGCAUCAUACUAGUCAUGCAAGUGGAAGUGACGAUAUUCACAAACAGAGAGUUGUGAAUCUGCUCUAGAAGUGAAGGAGAACUACUCCAAGGCAUCUCAUCCUGAACUAAUAUCAGGACAAUUGCUUGCUUCUAUUCCACAAGGUCAACCCAUUGCCUCUGGUUCAGGACAGCAAUAUCAGCCCUCUACUUCAGGAGAAAAGCAAGAGAAACCAGUGGAUGUUGAACAUGAAAAGGUGAAGAACAUGCAAAGUGAACCACAAACGGAGUUGAUUGAAUUAAGAAAUGAUGAAGAGCAAGAUACAAAUAUUGCAAAAAGCAAGCAAACACCAGAUGACCUGGAUUCUUCUAUAUGGUAUGUUGUGAGUCCACAUGGUAUCAAAAGGGGGCCUUACUCAAUGUCAGUGCUUAAGCAAUGGAGUGAUACUAGCUACUCAGAAUUGAAAUUCAAGGUAUGGAAGACUGAUCAGAGCCCUGAAGAAGCAGUUUUUCUGACUGAUGCUAUUUGCCAGGUUUUUUCUGCCAAGAAAAGAAAAUUUUGAAGUUUUUCUAGUCAGUACACAAGCAACUUGAAGCCAGGGAAUUGUAUCUACUUUCUCCAGGAACGAAACUUUUGUUUCUUGUCUAUAUUCGGAUUUUAGUAUACAGUAAAUCCACCUCACAUAUAGGAAGCCACAGCCCACAAAUAUCAAUAAAGCAGUAGACCUCAGUGUACAUAACCAUAGUUUUAAUUGCAGCUUUUAAAGAAUGAGCUUUAUCAUGUGCUUGACCAGGCAGUUUCAGUAGUGUUGGAUGAAAUUAUAUUGACUUUUGUUGAAUUAAGUGUUUACAGGACAAGUUGGAUGAUUUUAUAUAUAUAUUUGCCAUCAUUUUUCUUUCAA